AUGGUAACUAUGGUACCUGUUAAAGUAUUUCGAGCUCACAGCGACUCCGUCAGCGCUGCUCGAUUCUGCUUCAACGACAGCUGCAUCCUCAGCUGCUCUUCCGACUGCAGCGCCAUCCUCUGGGACCUGGAGAGCUGCAGACCUCUGAGGGUCUUUGAUGGACUUCAUAGCAAAACCAUCACGGAGUGCGCUCUGAUCCCCAACACCAACAGGAUGGUAACAGUUUCCUGGGAUAAGAAGAUGGUGUCCACAGACCUGGAGACAGGACAGACUCUGUGGAGCAGCAGUCAGGCCGGUCUCCUGACCUCCUGCAGCUCUUCUUCUGAUGGUCGGCUCCUCGUCUGUUCUUCAGACCCUCAGAACGGCGUUUCUCUCAGCGAGGCCUCCAGCGGUCGGACGGUUCACCGCGUCUUCGGUCACCACCGCUCCACAAUCACACGGUGUCGGUUCGACCCUCAGAGCCAGCGAGUGGCCACCGUGUCCGCAGACCGCGGCAUCAAACUGUGGGACCUGCUGGCUCAGAAGACCACCGUGUCCAUCGACAGUAACCACGGCAACGUGGUCUCUGACUGCUGCUUCACCAACAACGGGUUCUUCCUGUGCACGGCAUCCUGGGAUAAAAGCCUGAAGCUGUGGGACCUUCAGACGGGAGGGUUCAGAUCUCAGGGAGGAACGAGGCUGCAGAGAGGCCAUGAAGGCAUCGUGAGCUCCUGCUGCUUCUCUGCUGACGCAACCCUGCUGGUGUCUGGCUCCUAUGACAGCACCGUUGCAUUGUGGGAUACGUGGUCCCUCAGCAGGACUCUGGUCCUGAAGGGGCACUCUGAUUGGGUGACAGAUGUGUCAAUCACGGCAGACAGGAAGCUGGUGGCCUCUGCAUCCAAGGACAGGACAGUGAGGUUGUGGAACAUAGAGAACAUGGAGGAAAUCCCAGAAGUUAUGAAGAAGAGGAGGACUGAAGGGAUCCAUGUCCUCCAGACGUGUGAGGAGUGUUUGAAGCCGUUCCCGGUCUCCAGACUUCAGACCUCAGAGCUGCUGACUCGCUGCGUCUUCUGUCGACUCUCAUCUCCGUCCACAUACCGACCACGGCCUCCACCUCUCAUGUGA